CUAGGUAAGCAUAGAUAUAUAAUAUAUUGACCAAGUUUGAGUCAAGCGGAAAUGUAUAGAAUUCUAUAGAAUUCUAGGUUAGUACUGUACGUAGAAUUCUAUAGAAUUCUAGGUAAGCAUAGAUAUACAAUAUAUUGACCAAGUUUGAGUCAAGCGGAAAUGUAUAGAAUUCUAUAGAAUUCUAUCAGUGACUGGGAGUGGGGGCGGGGGUGGUCUGCCGUGCAUGAAAGUGAGUCACUAAUCAACUAUAUUCGUACUAACGUAGAAUUCUAUAGAAUUCUAUACAUUUCCGCUUGACUCAGACUUGGUCAAUAUAAUAUAUAUCUAUGCUUACCUAGAAUUCUAUAGAAUUCUAUACAUUUCCGCUUGACUCUGACUUGGUCAAUAUAAUAUAUAUCUAUGCUUACCUAGAAUUCUAUAGAAUUCUAUACAUUUCCGCUUGACUCUGACUUGGUCAAUAUAUUAUAUAUCUAUGCUUACCUAGAAUUCUACGUACAGUACUAACCUGGAAUUCUAUAGAAUUCUACGUACAGUACUAAGCUAGAAUUCUAUAGAAUUCUAUACAUUUCCGCUUGACUGAAACUUGGUCAAUAUAUUGUAUAUCUAUGCUUACCUAGAAUUCUAUAGAAUUCUACGUACAGUGCUAACCUAGAAUUCUAUAGAAUUCUAUACAUUUCCGCUUGACUCUGACUUGGUCAAUAUAUUAUAUAUCUAUGCUUACCUAGAAUUCUACGUACAGUACUAACCUAGAAUUCUAUAGAAUUCUAUACAUUUCCGCUUGACUGAAACUUGGUCAAUAUAUUAUGUAUCUAUGCUAACCUAGAAUUCUAUAGAAUAGCUGAAUUGCAGGAACUCUGACAUCCCUCUAAUUACUGGCACUGAUUGACUAAGUUAAUGAUUUCUAAAAUUUGUUCCAAACCUUCAGUUUUACGUCGUACUGUUUGCUCUUCAAUUACUAGAACUAUUUUUAACAACUCAGACAACGAGAUUUUUUCACACAUUUUCCGAUAUUGAGCUAGAUACACAUUAUUAAAUUUCAUUAAACAAAAACUUCGGUGUGAACGAGCUGAUUAGAUUCAAAAAAUGUUUCUCUUGUGUUCGUUCGUUAACACUGUCUGUCCAACAUGGCUAUUUUGUUGGAAACUUUUUUAUCAGUAACAGCACAGACUGUAAAUAAAAGAGAGAAAAUUAGUCAUAUAAAUCAAAUAAAGAACGUGGUAUUGUGAAAUUACUAUUUACAGUGAUACUUUUUUCAGAUAUAAUGGAAUAGGAGAAAAAGUUGUAUUGAAUCAUUUCUCAUAGCAGUAUUGACAAUGUCUGAAGUAUGUGCUAAAGAUAUUGAAAAAAUUGUUUCAGCGAGUCUAAAACGUCUACUACCACGUGAUGAGACUAAUUUUAAAUGUAAGACACUAAAGCGUUCAGGUGAUUACCGUUUAUUAGGCUCAGAUGAUAGUUGGUAUGAGCGAAAUUUUUUUACGUCAAAUGAAGCACAAUCUAUUCUCGAAGAAUUAGAUGAACAGGUUCAAUUUUUACCACGUGACCCAAAUUCUAAUUUAAGUCACCAGCUCCAACAACAACCAUUAGUAACGUCCCGAAUCCCAGAGACGUCUCCCACUUCAGCGCUGAUGAAUCAGCGUUCGACUAGCGCAAGUGACUCACCGUUAGUGAUUCACCAACAAAAUUCGACAUUUGCCAAUAACCAGUCGAACUUGGGUAUACAACAGUCACAAACACAAUCUUGUGUACUGCCACAAUUAUCGACAGGGAUCGAGGAGGGGUCCCAAAAUGUCAUAGAUGGUGGAUAUAUCACGAUUGGGGCAAAGCGAAAAAGUGGCAAGCAAGGUAACGCUACAACCACGAUUGAUAGCGAUGAAGUAUCAACAGAAGCUCGUCGUUUUGCCGAAACACGCUAUCCAUUCCCUCCUUUUUUGGUCAAAUUCAAGGAGGAUAUUAAAGAAAGUAAUGUGAUUAAUGAAUCGAAACAAUAUAUGGAAGUCAAUUAUAAUGUCCAACUGGAAUUCGAAGGUUACAAAUUAAAAGGUAAACAAGAAUUACUAUUAUUCGUUAAAAACCGCGAAUCUUUCGUUAUCCUCUUUGGAUCGACGAACUGGCCAUCGACAUUAUGUUCUCUUGAUUUCCAGUUAGUGGUGCCUCGUCGUUUACCACCUCAAUUUUCUAUUAUGCUCCGUAACGUUGCUCCUGACAUGGAUACGAGUCAGCUAUUAAUGGAAUUGCAACAAGUUUAUCCGGAUAUAAUCAAUGCAUCUCGCAUAUUCAACAAAGACAGUGGACAAACAACGCUUGUUAGAUUGGAUAUUCAAAGUGUUAAAAUCAUAGAUGAAUUACUAAGAAGAAAAUUUGUAUAUUUGUAUCAUUCACGUCAUCCAGUGAGUGAGUAUCUAGUCCCUGCUAAAGUGUUAGUGUAUUCAAAAUGUUUUCAACUUGGACACUUCCGUAGCAAUUGUCCUCAACAGCGGAAUAGAUGUAAAAUAUGUGGUUUGGAAAUAGACGAUCUCAAGAAACAUCGGGAAGAAGAUUGUGAUAACCUAUCAAAAUGUGUAAGAUGUAAUGACAGUCACGAUUCGAAUGACAACAGAUGUCCAACGAUUAGAUCUUACCGUUCCAUAUUAACAAAACAAUUAUUAAGAACAACCGAAACGAAGCAGGUCAAGGACAAGGAUAAAGGAACCGCCUUUCAACAUAAUAAUAAUGAUUUUUCCCCAAUGGAUGCGAUGGUGAACAUCAAUCGUUACAAUAGAAACGGAUGGGUGGAUGGGAAUAAUGAUGAACGGUUAUCCAGAUUAGAAAAAAAUGUGGGUGAGAGGGGCGAAGAGAUUAACAGGCUAUUAAAGGUUGCAGAACAACAUGAUGAACAACUACGUCAAAUGCAGCAUGUAAUCCAGCAUCAAGAAAUCCGGCUAGAACAAUAUGCUCAAAAUUUAACGCUACUUAACGUGGAUAUUAAAUUUUAUAACGAAUUUUUAGGUCAGUUUAUUACCCCAGUCUGCCAAGCG